AUGAAUCCACGCACCGGUGAAGGCCACAUGGAAUGGGAAUACAGUGGCAAUGCGCCAUGUGAUCCCUCCAGUCCCUUUACCCAUAUCGCACAGCGAAACCCAGGCCUCGGCGGCUUUUCAUCUCCUUCCAAAGGAGGCGGACGUCUGAAUCCAUUCGCAGGCCUUUCCACACCACUUAAACCACAGCCGCCGUCCACCACCCGCUUUGCGCCUCAAAUUUCGGCCAAAAGUGCAGCCCCUCCCUUUCGCAACCCGGCCUUUACAACACCACGAAAACUACACGAUGAUGCCAUUUUCUCCGAGGUCUCUGGUGCAGAGGACAGCCCGGCUCCUACAGAAACCUCGGAUGUGCCCAACGACACGCCAGACCUGGAUCACAUGGGCGACAUCCACAUGGGCGGCAUCAUUACCCCGACGAAGGUCAGCAAGGCGGCACGCUACGGCCGCUCCUCACAUAACAAGAAACACAGCUCUGGCAAGGGCGAAAUCAAGAGCGCGCGGGACUCGUCACGCUCGGCGCUCCUUGGCAAGCGGAAGCGCCACAACCUAGACCGCGACGUGAGCAGCGUUGUGCGCUACCAGGACCAUGACGAGUCUGGCGGCGAGACGGAGGCCUCUUUCUGGUCCGAAGAGUGGUUGAAGAAAAGUAGAGUCUUAGGCAGAGGGCCGCAGCCCGGCUUUCUUGGAUCCAUGUUCCACAUGCUGGACGAGCACCCCAACGCCCCCGAGAACCUGCACCGGUGGAUUCAGCUUUUCAUCAACAUGCUGGUGGCCACGACUGUCAUUGGCGUUGGCUGGUCCAUUGUGUCGACCAUUCGCUCUGAUAUCCGCAACGCCAACGAGAGUGCACGCCUAGAUAUCAUGAGUAAAAUCGCAGAGUGCACGAAACACUGGAAAGACAACUCUUGCGAGUCCAACGACAAACCGUUUUUCCAGUCGCAGUGCGACAAAUGGUAUGACUGCAUGGUGCAGAACCCAGAGUCGAUUAUGCGCGUCAAGGUGACGGCCAAACAAAUUGCCGAGAUUAUUAAUGAAUUCUCUGACGCGAUGAACUUCAAAGCAUGGGGUUUCUUCUUUGCAAUUAUCAUCAUCUGCGUAUUUGGAAACAAUUUGAUUCUCGGCCGCAACGGUAACAGUGGCAAAGCGAUGCCGUACAACAGGGAAUCGAUGAAGAAUACCAACGGUGUGGGCGACGAAUCCAAUGUCAUGUGGAUGCCUGUGCAGACGCCGCGCAUGAAGCGUCACGCCAUGCUGGACCACGGAUCUGAUACCGACAGUUCCCUUCCACAUUCGACGCCGCUGAUGCUGCCGCAUUACACGCCGAGCGGGCGCAGAAGUCCCAGCAAGGGCGAACGGGCCAGGAGUCCAAUCAAAUACUCGCGAAGUCCAAGCAAGGGUUAUUAG